AACAAAUUUCAUAUUCUUUCAAAUCUAGGUCGAGUUGGGCAUCAAAUUACUUAAUUACCAUCAUACAGUACUAUUCCUCAUUACCGGGACGACACACUCUCUCUUUGUAGAAGAUGGCGGUCUUUCGCUCUUUUGAAGUUUGAAUUUCGUCCCUCCACGCUCAAAUAUCAAAACUUCACUAGUACACUGCUCCAGUUUCCCGAUAAUUUCCGAUCUAGGGUUCCGGUAAAUCAAUUCAAUUCGAUUAUGGAUUCCGACGAACCUCAAACUCGUAUUGAUCAGUUUUUUGCGUCAAAGAAAAAGAGAGCUUUGUCACCGAAAACUGCUAAAGAUUCUUCUCCUAGUGCAAAAGGGUCUUUGGAAAAUUACUUGGUGACUUCACAGAAUGAUUCAGUGAAAAGAAGUUUGGCAUUGGAGAUUGAUUUAUCUUCCAAAAAUGAAAAGAAAGAGAUAUUUCUUCCCAGUGAUGGUGCUACUAGGGGUUUAAUUUUACCGGAAGCGAUUCCAGUGGACAAGUAUGGGGCGGGAAAUGUUGGCGGAGCAGGUAAUCGGGAUAAUUCAGACCAAGUUCAAGAAAUCGAAAACGUUGGGCUCAAGCAGUUUGCUCUGGACUUUUUGUCAUUGUAUUGCAGAAGAAUCCAAACAAGCUCGCUUUCUGAGCACAAAACACAUGAGCAUAAAAGAUGUGGGAGUCCAUCAGUGCUUGCUGUAGAAGGUACACCAUCGAAGAGAAGACACUUUGUUGCUGAUAAAGAAAAUUCUCAGCCGGGUCAAGAGACGCCAAGUUCCGAUAAAGGGGAUUCUGAUCUUGUGUUGUGCAGUAAUGUCACUCAAAAGGUGGAACGAGAUGUUAACUCUGCCUUAGGACCGCAAAUCAGCUUAAGGAAAUGCAGUAAAGUUACAAACUCAACUUCAUUGGUGGACGAGUGUUCCACGCCUGCUGCAAUUUGUAAAAGUUCGAGUGCACGUGAAACUCCGGUAUCAACUCGUGGAAGCUCCAUAUUUUCACCAGGAGAAGCAUUUUGGAACGAGGCAAUCCAAGUUGUUGAUGGUUUGUUUCCUCAAACUGGUAACAAUUUUUUUCAAGUUGCAGAGGAUACUGGAAUCAGCAAGACACAAGUUGUAGAGGUUUUUAGCCAUUGUGGUGAAGGGAGUUCAAACAAUAAAUGCGAUGUACCAGUUGGUAUUUAUGCUAGCAAUACUAAGCAGGCUGAAUUUACUAUUACGUCGCCGAAGACACACAAGGGAAUCCUAGAAAGAGAAGCAUCCCCAUUGCCGGUUAAGCAUUUUGAUUUCUCAUGUGAUGACAAAAAUUUGGACGAAAGUAUGCCUGGUCGUGUUUCUUCAGGAAACAGAGAAGAUUAUAGAGAUGCGAGUGAACGUGCAGUAUGCAAUGUAGAUCAUAAGAGGCCACUAGAUGACAAUGCUGUACUGAUUGGCAGUGACGUUCAGUCACAUGCAUUAGCACUUAAAGUAUUGGACGAAACAGCUCCUGUUUUUGGAGCUGAAAAGAUGAGGCAUAGUGUAGUAGGUCCCGACACUGACAAUAAUAUCUCUGCUUCACCAAAUAGGAAAAAUGCGAAUUUUGUGGCUCCGGGUAUGUUUGAUGGAAAUAGUACUCCUUCGAGUUCCAUGCCAUUGGAAGACCGGUUAAACCUAAGCAACUGGCUCCCACCUGCUAUUUGUAGCAUUUAUAGACGCAAAGGAAUAGCUAAACUCUACCCUUGGCAGGUUGAUUGUCUUCAAAUGGAUGGUGUUUUGCAGAAGAGAAAUCUUGUUUAUUGUGCAUCUACAAGUGCUGGCAAAAGUUUUGUUGCUGAGAUCCUGAUGUUGAGACGUGUCAUAGACUCUGGGAAAAUCGCGCUGCUUGUGCUACCUUAUGUUUCAAUAUGUGUUGAAAAGGCGGAACAUCUCGAGGUUUUGUUGGAACCCCUUGGCAAGCAGGUUCGGAGCUAUUAUGGAAAUCAAGGUGGCGGGACACUUCCAAAGGAUACAUCAGUAGCUGUCUGUACUAUAGAGAAGGCCAACUCGUUAGUUAACAGAUUGCUGGAAGAAGAUAGAUUAUCAGAAGUGGGAAUUAUUGUGAUUGAUGAACUGCACAUGGUUGCUGAUCCCAGUAGGGGUUAUCUGUUGGAGCUUCUAUUGACAAAGCUUCGCUACGGAGCUGGUGAGGGUAAUGGGGAAUCACACAGUGGAGAUAGCUCGGCCACAAGUAGUGGCAAGGGUGACCUAACUCAAGGACUGCAAAUUGUUGGAAUGAGUGCUACAAUGCCAAACGUGGCAGCAGUUGCAGACUGGCUUCAUGCAGCAUUAUACCAGACUGAGUUUCGUCCAGUUCCCUUGGAGGAAUUUAUCAAAGUGGGUAACAAUAUCUAUGACAAAAAGAUGGAGAUUGUUAGGACGGUUCCUAAAUUAGCAAAUCUUGGAGGCAAAGAUCCGGAUCAUGUUGUCGAAUUAUGCAACGAGGUUGUUGAAGAUGGUCAUUCUGUACUUAUCUUCUGUUCUAGUCGGAAAGGAUGCGAAUCUACAGCUAGGCAUAUCUCAAUGUAUCUCAAGAAGUUCUCUGCCAAAAUCCAAGAAGAAUCAAGUGAAUUUGCUGAUGUUUUCUCAGCCAUCGACUCCUUGAGAAGAUGUCCUGUGGGUUUAGAUCCUGUCUUGGAGGAAACUCUCCCUUCUGGUGUCGCCUAUCAUCAUGCAGGUCUCACUGUUGAGGAAAGAGAAAUUGUUGAAACCUGUUAUCGUAAAGGCUUAGUACGUGUACUAACUGCCACAUCUACUCUAGCUGCUGGUGUUAAUUUGCCUGCUAGGAGAGUAAUUUUUCGGCAACCCAAGAUUGGUCGUGACUUUAUCGAUGGGACAAGGUACAGACAAAUGUCUGGUAGGGCUGGUCGAACCGGUAUAGACGCGAAAGGAGAAAGUGUGCUUAUUUGCAGACCUGAAGAAGUUAAGAGAAUAAAAGCCCUUCUGAAUGACAGUUGCCCUCCAUUGCAAUCUUGUCUUUCUGAAGAUAAAAAUGGAAUGACUCAUGCUAUCCUGGAAGUUGUGGCUGGUGGGAUUGUCCAAACAGCUAAUGAUAUUCAUCGAUAUGUGAGGUGUACGUUGCUUAAUUCUACAAAACCAUUUGAAGAUGUUGUGAAAUCAGCACAAGAUUCUCUUAGGUGGUUAUGCCAUAAAAAAUUUCUUGAGUGGAAUGAUGAUACUAAAUUAUACAGUACCACUCCUCUGGGACGAGCAGCUUUUGGCAGUUCUCUGUCUCCAGAAGAAUCACUUAUUGUUCUGGAUGAUCUUUCAAGAGCACGAGAAGGAUUUGUGCUAGCAUCUGAUCUGCAUUUGGUUUAUCUGGCAACACCAAUAAAUGUUGAAGUUGAGCCUGAUUGGGAACUGUUUUAUGAAAGAUUUAUGGAGUUGUCCUCCCUAGACCAGUCAGUUGGCAACCGUGUUGGAGUUAUAGAGCCGUUUUUGAUGCGAAUGGCACAUGGUGCACCUGUACGUACUGCUAGUCGUUCAAGAAAUGCUAUUAAGGGAUUGCAUAGCAGAUUAGAUUUCCAACUAGGAGUCUCGAAAUCCAAUACCCUCUCCGAUGAGCAGUCCCUUCGUGUGUGCCGGCGAUUUUAUGUUGCACUUAUUUUGUCACGAUUGGUGCAGGAACUACCUGUUGGUGAGGUUUGCGCAGCCUUUAAAGUAGCACGAGGAAUGGUUCAAUCAUUACAAGAAAAUGCUGGCAGGUUUGCAUCAAUGGUUUCUUUAUUUUGUGAGAGACUUGGUUGGUUUGAUCUGGAAGGCUUGGUUGCCAAAUUUCAGAACCGUGUUUCAUUUGGUGUGAGAGCAGAGAUUGUAGAGCUAACCACUAUCCCAUAUGUGAAGGGAUCUCGAGCUAGAGCAUUAUUCAAAGCUGGCUUGCGUACUCCUUUAGCGAUUGCUGAAGCAUCUGUCACAGAAAUAGCUAAGGCUCUCUUUGAAUCAUUAUCUUGGGCUCAAGAAGAUCUAGCACAGCGGCGCGUUCAAUUGGGAAUAGCAAAGAAAAUUAAAAAUGCUGCAAGAAAAAUUGUCCUUGAUAAAGCUGAGGAGGCGAGAGUUGCUGCAUUUUCCGCAUUCCAAUCGCUUGGACUGAACGUUCCCCAGCUUUCUCGUCCUGUCUUGUUACCUGCUUCUGGUAUCCCCAUUGACAAUGACGAAUCGACCCCCUCUUCUGGAGAAGAUAGUACUAGUAGCUCGUUUCAUCAGAAAAGGAAGCAUAUGUCAGUUGAAUUAGUUGAAAGACAGGGGAAUGAGGGUGACCCAGGUACUGAUGCUGGAAGGCCGGCCAAAAAGUUAGUUACUAGCUUGGAAAUUUCCACUGAGAGAAAGGCGGUCAAUACCCUGCCUAGUGGUGUUGGUGUUAUUCGAGAUUCUUCUACACCAAUUCAAGAUUCUGUGCCAGUUGGUGUUAUGACACUUUCUCCUUGUUUGGGUCAGAGUGCUAGUGUGGCAUCUGUAGGAAUUGUGAAUAAGGAAGAUCAGAGAUGGGAGACUAAUAAUGCUGGCAGUGAUGGCAAUAAGAAACUUUCUAAUGACAAGGGUCCCAUUAACAUAGCCAGCACAAGCGGUUUGGAAAGCCUCUUGGAUCUCUGGGAAUCUGUUGGAGAAUUUUAUUUUGAUAUUCACUUCAACAAAAAGUCUGAAGCAAAUUCUCUGCUUGCUUAUGAAGUUCAUGGCCUUGCCAUUUGCUGGGAAGAUUCACGUGUGUAUUAUGUAAAUCUUGCAAAGAUUCUGCAAAACAGCAAUUUUGGCUCAUGCAACAUUGAAUGUUCCGGUCAUGUAAACCCAAUUGAUGCGAACAAUUUGCUAUUCACGGAGAAUCUCCUAUGGAAUAGGAUUAGUAGGUUAUUAGGGAGGGUUGGAGUUCGAAAAUUCACUUGGAAUCUAAAACUUCAAGUUAAGGUGUUGAAAAAUGCUGUUCUUUCACUGAAUAAAAACAACCUGAGUCAGACAUUAAAAAGUACAACCAUUGAAGUUGCUGACGGCUCCUUCUGUAAGUUGCCCCAGGUUAUUUUGCAAGAUGGAAUUGACCUCAGUAUAGUAGCCUGGAUCCUUUGGCCUGACGAGGAGAGAAGUUCUAAUCCGAGUCUCGAGAAGGAAGUUAAGAGGCGAUUAUCUAGUGAGGCUGCAGGAGCAGCUAAUCAGAGUGGAAGGUGGAAAAAUCAGAUGCGAAGAGCUGCACAUAAUGGUUGCUGUCGUCGUGCUGCUCAAACACGGGCUCUGCACUCUGUGCUUUGGAAACUGCUUGUUUCUGAAGAACUUGUUGAAGCACUUUUGGGCGUCGAACUUCCCUUGGUUCAUGUCCUUGCAGACAUGGAGGAUCAGGGAAUAGGCGUUGACAUGGAAGGUUGCCUCAAGGCACGACAUGUGCUGAGUAAAAAGCUUAAGAUUCUCGAGAAGGAAGCUUACAAACUUGCCGGCAUGAUGUUUUCACUGUAUAUGCCAGCUGAUAUUGCCAAUGUGCUUUAUGGACACUUGAAGCUCCCAAUACCCGAGGGACACAACAAAGGGAAGCAGCAUGCCAGUACAGAUAAACAUUGUUUGGACUUGCUAAGGCUUGAGCACCCUAUAGUUCCAGUAAUAAAGGAGCAUCGGACAUUAGCAAAGCUCCUGAAUUGUACACUAGGUUCAAUAUGCUCGUUAGCAAAGCUGUCUAUGAGGACACAGAGGUAUACAGUACAUGGUCGUUGGCUCCAGACAUCAACAGCAACAGGGCGACUAUCCAUGGAAGAACCUAAUCUACAGUGUGUUGAACAUAUGGUUGAAUUUAGAAUGCAUCAAAAUGGUGAUGCCCAAUGUGAUUCUGAUGGUACAGAUUAUAAAAUCAAUGCAAGAGACUUUUUUAUCCCAACUGAGGAAAAUUGGCUACUUGUAACAGCAGAUUAUUCUCAAAUAGAACUAAGGUUGAUGGCUCACUUCUCUAAGGACCCUUCUCUAAUCGAACUACUCACUGAUCCGCAUGGUGAUGCCUUUACCAUGAUAGCAUCUAGAUGGACUGGCAAGUUGGAAUCCGUUGUGAGCUCUCAAGAGCGAGACCAAACCAAACGGCUAGUCUAUGGCAUUCUUUAUGGCAUGGGCGCUAAUACUCUUGCUGAGCAGUUGAACUGCAGUGCAGAUGAAGCUAAGGCAAAAAUUCAAAGUUUCAAAAAUUCAUUCCCUGGUGUUGCUUCUUGGCUUCAUGAAGCUGUUGCAUUCUGCCGUCAACACGGAUAUGUGCAGACUCUUAAGGGUAGAAAACGCUUCUUAUCCAAGAUAAAAAUUGGCGACAGUAAGGAGAAAGCUAAAGCCCAGAGACAAGCUGUGAAUUCUAUAUGUCAGGGUUCGGCUGCUGACAUAAUUAAGAUAGCAAUGAUAAACAUCUACUCUGUAAUUGCUGGAUGUGAGACACGUAGCUCUAAUGAUGCACUUGUGGCAAAAUUUUCCACGCUCAAGGGCCACUGCCGUAUUCUUUUGCAGGUGCAUGAUGAGUUGGUUAUGGAAGUUGAUCCAUCAGUUUUAGGAGAAGCUGGGUUAUUGUUGAAGACAUGCAUGGAGAGUGCUGCUUCUCUUUCAGUCCCUUUACAAGUGAAGGUGAAGUUUGGCCGGACCUGGGGUUCAUUGGAGCCUUUUAAUGUCAACGAUUUGCGAUGACCAUUUUUUAAAUUCAAUGUCUCAAUUUUGGCGGCACCCAGUGGGAAGAAAUUUUGACUGUUGUGACUUAUUGGGUCGCAAAGUGACGUUAACAUAUGCAACGUGAUGAAAAAAAGGAUCUGAGAUGAGACUAGAUGAGGGCUGAGAGAUGCAUGCAGGUCUGGGAAUUUUUGCAUGCGAUUGUCGCAUGCUCUUCUUCCAAGGAUGUAUAUGCAGAGUGUCUUCUCUGAGGCUUCGUUGCAUGGCUGUUGCGCACCAUAAAUCUUCAUGACAGUCUACAGGACUUGUUUGGCUGAUAUGUAAGGUUCCUGAUCGGAUGAUAAUUGAUGCCUCUAUCGGCCUGAAUGUCUGCCGACAAGUGUGUGCUCUCUGCAGAUAUCGAAGCAACAUGAUACUGAUAUAAUCUGAGGAAGAUGCCUGUCAAAGCUCUGAAGAUCCGCAGAUGACAGACUCGCUUUCAAACUCAAUUGUAACUAGUAUCUACUUGUAUAUUCUUCCCUUAUUGGGCCUUCCAUCAUGGUUCAAUUUUUGGUGCACUAACUUAUUGCAUCAGAGUACUCAUAUUAACCUUUUCUUUGUAAUUUUAUUAAUAGGGGAUUCUGUGACGAUAUAAAAAAAAUUUUGUGAAAAUUUUCAAUAGGAUUCGUAUUACAAGGUACAUCUAUUCUGUAAGGAUUCUACAAUUUUCUUAUUGUAGCUAAUAGAAAAUAUAGCAAAAGGUUCAUUGAAA